ACAAAUCCAUGCUUGAUUCUUGAUUCAUAAGUGUGUUUGCCCCAUAAUUCCCAGACUUUAAAAAUAAUGACAGAGCGAGUUCAGUGCCAAUUUUUCGUUUUGAAGAAGAAGAGACUUUGUAGAAUGACAGUAAGAAUUGGUGAAAAAUACUGUGGUGAACACAUUGACCACAUGAAAGAUGACAGCGUAAAGUCAAGUGCAGAGACUUGUAUCGAAAUUCAAUCGGGCGAGGAGAGAUUGAGGGUCCCUUGCCCUUUUGACAGCAAUCACUCUUGCUACAAAAGCCACCUGAAGAAACACAUGGCAAGAUGCAACUCUCGUCCUUCAGAAACAAGGCCAGUAUACAUAAAUCCAUCGAUAAAUGCCGGACCUGUUGAAGAUGAAGUUCCAAGAGUUCAUUUGAAUGAUGUUAGUGAUGAGGCUCUUCUAGAUCUUAUUUCUCGAGUUGAAAAAAUCUAUGAAGAAAUCAACAUCAAAAUCAAGGAGCAAAUUUUAGAGCAUCCGGCUCUUGCUGAAGAAAUUCAAAGGCCUGACCUCGGUGCACCUGCUUUGAAGCAUCUAAAGCAAAAUUCGUCAUUAAUUGGAAUCAUGGAGAGCAAAAAUUUGAUCAAGAAUGACACCUGCUUUGUUGAAUUAGGUGCUGGGAAAGGGAAAUUUACCUUUUGGCUUGCCCAUGCUGCCAAAAAUUUAAGUAACUGCACAUUUGCCCUGGUCGAUGUGUCCACCUAUAGACACAAAAGUGAGAAUAAGCUUGUGACGGAAGGGGUCAAUUCUGAGGUCAUCCGAGUGCUGGCCAACGUUGGAGACCUGUGCCUGGAAAAAGUUGACUUCCGCGAGGGCUGCCGAUAUGUCGUCCCAAUAAGCAAGCAUCUCUGUGGAGCGGCGACAGAUUUAGCUCUGAGGUGCGUUGUAAAUGCAGAUUCAUCUGGCAGUUCUCCACGGCAAGAGGGACUUGUGAUGGCUCUCUGCUGCCACCACAGAUGCGAGUGGAGACAUUUUGUAGGCAAAGAGUUGUUUAAGAACGUUGGUCUAUCUUCUCAGGAUUUUACCCUGAUGUGCGUGUUGGUCAGCUGGGCGACUUGCGGAAUAGGCAAGAGUCGCCAGCCAGAAGAGAGGCAGCCUGCCCAGCAUCCACAAGAAGACAAUCCGCACAAAGACAGGUACGACCGGCUCAAUUUGAGUAGGGAAAUCCGCGAGGAGAUUGGACGAAAGUGCAAACUUUUAAUAGACCAGGGCAGGGUUGCAUAUCUUAUGAAGUCAGGGUUUGACACCGAACUUAUGUAUUACGUCAAAGAAAACGUGACUCUUGAAAACGUCUGCCUUGUUGCGUUGAAGGAAAAGACCACCGCGUAGGAAAUUAAUAAUUUUAUUGCCGCUUUAAAUCACAGACUGUAGCCAAAGUCAUUCACCCACUUCAAUCCGUGCAGGGUGUCUGAUUUUGGUUUGUAUUCCAGGCCAAUCCACUUGUCGUAUUCGUUUUUCUCCAACUGCUGCAGCACAUACUGGUAGUUGAUUUCCCCAUCAGAGUCUGGCUCAUGUCUAUCUGGCACUUGCGCGAUUUGAAUAUGCCCUACAAACAUCCGAUUGGCAUGAUUAUCAAGUUGACUAAAUUACACUACAUAAAUUCAAGCGUUGCUUUGCGUCAAUGGGAUUUAUGCAACUAAAACAACCGCUGGCGGUGUUAAUUAUGAACUUGUCAUGCUCGUUGGACAUCAUUUUUCUUGCCUGAUAAAAGCGUAUUUUUCAUCAAUUGACUACAUGAUGUGUUAAAUAACGACUUCAUUCAAAAAGAGCUAAAUUGUUUUCGUGAAUUGAAAUCCGAUGACAAUUUUUUGGGAUGAGAGAUUUUGCCCUGGCGUUUUGACCAGGAAAGUUUAAAAUUAUGGAUUAAAAUAUGAAGUGAUAUUCUAAACAAGCUUGAGGCAAAAACUACCGACUCAUUCUCAGUUAAACAUUUAACAAAGUAGAAAUAACUUAAUUCCAACAACAGGAUUUCCUACUCUAACAUUUUUAAAUAAAGGGAUAAAUACAUUUUGUAUUUAAUAAUAUUAAUUAAUAAAUUUGCCUCAACCUUAAUUGUAUGGUUAGGGAAUACAAUAAAAAUGGGACUCACCAACAAAAGGUAGAAGUUCUUUGAUAUUGUGAGCCAAGUUGCCUUUGAGCUGCUGAAGGUGGAAAAUGUCCAUCAUUAUUUUCAAAUUCGGUGAGUUGACGGACUUAACCAGGUGCAGUGCUGAAAUAAAUAAACUUGCAAUUAUUUCCUUUUUUUUAUCAAAUUUAAGACCUUUGUCGUAAUUGUUCAUGAAGUAUUGAGGCACACUCCUGUUGUUGAUCGGUUCGAUGAGCGCAACUAUUUCAUUUUGGGCCAAGAGGGAAGUGGCGAAUCUAAUAUUCUGCUCGUAAGUGGUCCAGUUCUCGGCCGUGGGUUUCUCCACCUUUCCAGACAUGAUGUGGAUCCUGAAAUUUUCAAAUUAGCUUCAAGCUAGACUCGCACAAAAACUCACCUGUUGCAUUUGAGCGCCUUAGCAUAAUCGACGGCCAGCUGCAAACUUUUCUUAAAGUCCUCCUCGCGACCAGGCUCGGCCGCUGUGCCCAGUUCACCCUUUGUCACAUCGCCUUUUAAUUUAGGGUUUAAUUCAAUCCUUUUUUCUCGAUAAACACUUUACCGACGUGAAUGUUGAUCAAUGCCUGUUGAACGCCGGCCGCCUCUUUGGCUGCUACCACCUCCUCAAGGGGAUGGUCAUAGGGAAAGGCGCACUCGACCCAUUUGAAACCGGCUUUCGCGGCCAAAGCGUACCUUUCGAGCAGAGAAGUGCUCUCUUGGAACAUAAAGCUGAGAUUGGCACAGAAUUUCAAGCCUGCCAUUAUUGCGAUCACAUUAGCUAGCAGGUUGCACAAAGAGAGAAAGAUGUAUUUCUUUUAGAUAACAGAGUCUGUACACAUUGACCAGCUGCUGCACCGAAAGUUUUUAAAUGGGUGUGCCCGGGGAGCCCGCAUCAAGUUUGAAACUUUCUUGCCUUUAUCAAGCUAUGAAUUAAUUAUUUGAGCGGAUGUAUUAGUUGAUUUUUUUAA